UUUUUGCUCCUUAUAUCUCUCUCGAUCGUCUCCGCUUCAUCAGGGGCCUUUGAUAUUGGAGCACCACUUUCGGUGCCCUAGAUUCUCUCUCUGAAAAUAUCUAAUCCCCCGCUCUCUACCCCCUUAUCGCCGAUCCUCAAUCGUAGCUUCGAAAAUGGCGAACGCAGCGUCGGGGAUGGCGGUGAACGAUGAAUGCAAGCUGAAGUUCUUGGAGCUAAAGGCGAAGAGGACAUACCGCUUCAUAGUGUUCAAGAUCGACGAGAAGCUGAAGCAGGUGAUGGUCGAAAAGGUCGGCGAACCUGUCGCAACCUACGAGGACUUCACUGCUGCCCUCCCCGACGACGAGUGCCGAUAUGCGGUCUACGACUUUGACUUCGUGACCGAAGAGAACUGCCAGAAAAGCAAGAUCUUUUUCAUUGCAUGGUCCCCUGAUACCUCACGAGUGAGGAGCAAGAUGCUUUAUGCCAGUUCAAAGGACAGGUUCAAGAGGGAGUUGGACGGUAUCCAAGUGGAGCUGCAAGCAACCGACCCAACUGAGAUGGGUCUUGAUGUCAUCAGCGGCCGCGUCAAAUAAGUAUGUUAUUUCACUCGGCAGGUCCUCCCUGCAGUUUAUAUGGUUGUUUUGAUGGAAUGUUAAGAGUCUUGUGAGAUGCAUGACCUACUAGAUAUCGCAUGUGCUUGUUGAUCAGCGUAUUAUGUCACAACUGUAUUUGUGAACGAAACAAGUUUGUUUUGGCUUUCAUCAUGAUUUGGUUUAUUUUGUGAAGAGUGUCUGCUUGUAGCAUGACGACGACAUGCUAUUCAUAUGUAACAGUUUUAAGGGCCUAUCAGGUUAGGCGUUUUCUUUCUUUUCAUUUUGCAUUUGUUUCACAUUGGAAUUAAUGCUAUUAUCAUGGCUGGUAUGAAUUUGGAGUUGUAAUGUAUA